AUGUUGUGUUACAGGCGAAGCAGCGAGCGCGCCCAGCCUGGCCGUGUCGUCGCCGGCCCGCACCGCGCCCGCGCCGCUCACCACUCCGGCGUGCAAUGGGCCGGGCGCGUCGUGGACUUGGGGAGCGCGCGGCGUGGCGCCCGGCGGCGGCGCGGCGCCCGGCACCCGGGCGCUGGGCCGCUCGGCGUCGGCGACGCUGCGGGCGGCGCCGGCGCCCGACCUCAACGUAGACGCCAUCAAGGAGAAGCUGCUGGAUCAUCGGAUCCCGGAGAGCUGCGUGUAGUGCUCGCCCGACUGCUACAGACCUUACUGACUGGUGGCGCACUCUGUGUUAGUGAAACCGUGCCGUGUCGGACCCGAUACAAUGGACUCGAGUAG